UGGUUUGCUUGGUACAGCGCGUACGUGUGUCUCCAAAUGUGUUUUUAUAUUUUCAACACAUUAUUUUAUAUUAAAAAUAUUCGCACCACUGUGUUCUUAAGUGUUCAUAAAUAAUUUCUAAGUCAUUCCAUCAAAUUUAGGUUGUGCUGCUAAACAUGGUUAGUUUGACAAGCGGUCGCGUAUUUGUGACAAGCUGUUGAGCGAUGAGUUCGAGUGUAUGCUACAAGUGCAACCGGACGGGGCACUUCGCCCGCGAGUGCACGCAGGGCGGAGUCGCCGGGCGCGACUCUGGCUUCAGUCGCCAGCGCGAGAAGUGCUUCAAAUGCAACCGCACGGGGCACUUCGCGAGGGACUGCAAGGAGGAGGCCGACCGUUGCUACAGAUGUAACGGCACGGGGCACAUAGCGCGCGAGUGCGCGCAGAGCCCGGACGAGCCGUCGUGCUACAACUGCAACAAGACGGGCCACAUCGCGCGGAACUGUCCUGAGGGCGGCCGCGACUCCUCCAACCAGACCUGCUACAACUGCAACAAGUCGGGCCACAUCUCGCGCAACUGCCCCGACGGCACCAAGACCUGCUACGUCUGCGGCAAGCCCGGCCACAUCUCGCGCGACUGCGACGACGCCGAGCGGAACUAACGACCGCCACUCACUAUAUCAUUACUAUGUAUAUUACGAUGCCACACACGGACGAUAAGCAAAGGACGCGAUUCGCGACACUAGCUGUAAGACCACACGACUGUAUGAAAUUUAGCAACGGAAUUUUUAAUCGGAGACGUGUACAUAGCGCGCGGUCGGCGCGCACGUUAAUGUUUGUUCUGCACGGUGAAGUUAUUGUGUUUUAAAUCAUUUAAUAAUCGUGAUUGAACUAUUGAUGAGGUAGCGUUACAGUUUUUAGCAUUACAGAGUAUAUAUUUAAUAUAUUUUGUACAGAUUUUUUUGUCAAAAGAUAAAUUGGAUGCUGGCGUACUAUGAGUUUUCAAUGGAAGAGUGGAGCCCUGGAGGAACCCGAACCGAACCCUGGACUCUCUUGUUCGUCUUUACACAAUAUGUUUUCGCUCGCUCAGCGGUCGGACUGUCCAAAAGACUUCAUGAAAUCACUAAGGGUGGUUUAAUUUUAUUGAUCAAUUCCUUUGUUUAUGAGAUCCUGAUAACUUGUGGAGAAUUCAGUGGUUAAUUAGAAUUUCAUCAAUCAGAAUAUUUUUUAUUUUGUUAUCCCUGUCUAUGUGCCUGUGUUUGAUACACGUCAAUGUAACCAGUUACUCAGCUUACAGUGGGAGAUAAUAAAAAUCUUGCCUUAUGA